GGGCUGUGUGUUGUCGGACGAAUAAAAGCUGUAGCCUAGAGAUCGGUGCAGGGCUUUUUAACCGGGUACAACCAGCUAGGCUUAAAGGAAACAUUUCGUCUUAAAUUUAGAGCAGAGGUUAGAACCGAGCGACAAAGGUCUGAAAAGCUAAGCAAACAUGAGCGACAAGGGGACAGUCUCACCGCAGGAGAAGGAGGCUACAGAGAAGAGAGGGCGUGGAAGACCCCGCAAGGCGCCCCAGGUGAAGUCCUCUGACGAACCAAGCGGGUCCCCGGUUCUAAAGAGAGCCAGAGGACGACCAAAGGGCAGCAAAAACAAGACAAGUGGCAAGAGCAAAAAGGCGACAGCAGCUCCAUCUGCAGGGGGAAAACGCAGGGGAAGACCUAAGAAGGAGGAGAAGGAGGAGAAGGCGUCCCAGGAAUCAUCUGAGGAGGAGGAAGAAGAAGAGGACCAGUAAUUCACAACGCAUGCUACCUCACUCAACAUACUGACUUACUGUUAACCAGAACUGGGCUGUAUCUCCAACACCGGUGCCACCACAUGACCACUGUUCACGACAAAGCCCCCCCUUUGCCAAAGGCGGGUUAACACAGUACAUAUAUCAUGCAACAGCACUGGAUAGAACGAUGGACUUUGCUCAAGCAUAGAUCUAUGAAUUACAUGAAAGGUAACAGCCCUUUUCUCUACAUGUCAUGUUAUCACGUCUUUUAUACUGGACAAAAAGUUGUGCUCCGAGGAGCCUGGACGUUUGUUUUGUUUUUUUUUUCCCCCCUAAAGAUGGUUUGUAGGACAUUUUCCUCUGCUUAAUGUUACUUAUUUGUUGUACCCGCAUCUGAGAUGGUAGGGCAUAUAGAUUUUUCUCCAUGUUUUGUACUGGACAAAGGUGAAUUUUACCUAUACUUGCUGUUUUGUUUUUGUGUGCUCGUGUGAAGUGGUUAGCCUAUCCUUUGCCUCGUAUUAUAGGUGGAGUUGAGCUUCAGCAUUUAGGAUGAGAAUAGGUGACUGAUGGUAGUGUUUGUUUUUUUUUUUUUUUUUUCCAUGUCUAAUCUGCAUAACUGAUUUCGCCCCCCUCUUAUUAGAGCAGAACCAUCUUUUUCCCCCGCUUUUACCCCUCUUUCCUGUAGGACAGUUUAGAUUAAGAGAUGCUUCUCAAAUUUCCUUCAGUCCUCAGUGUGCGGUGGGGAGAUGUAAAGUGUAUCGUUAGUCAUCAGGAUAAUCUGAGCAGACUUACUGUUUUGUUCCUUCGGGUUACAUACCAUUAAAAAAAAAAGAAGUGUGUGCUGCUUUUCAUGUUAUAAUAAAACUCAAUUCUUUUUGGUAUAAUGUGUGUUUUUAAGGAUAGGGUUGGCAGAGUUCUAGGCUGAAAGUCAUCAGUGUCGUUUCUUCAGGGAGCUUUUACAAAUGCUGUUACAUUGGCGUCUUUGUCUUCACAUGGUCCUCAGUUUUCCAAGCGCUCACUCAAUCACUCGUAAGGCAAACUGCAAUUGGUAAAACAAGAAGUUUGAUUGUAAUGGAGGAUAGUCGGUGGCACUGCUAUCCAACAGGGCUGUAUGUUUUGUUUUUUUUUCAUUCCAUCUAGCUCUCACUGCUUCACCUAGCUUGGUCCUUCUGUCAUCACUUAGUACCGUAAUAAACUUUUCUUAGUCUUUUGAAGAUGUGUGUCGUAUGCUGUCUGCUACAAGGAGGAAAAAAAAGAGUUUGUGUAUUUCUAAGUGUCAGGGAACCCGCGGUCACAGUCCACUUAACUGGGUUUUUCCACACACCUAAGCUGCUACAACCUCAGUUACGAAACCCGGAAAACUGCAAACAGGCGAGACAAGGCCUGGAAUUUCAUACCUCACUCAACGGCUUACUUUACCAUAUAAUUGCAUUUAACUGGUUUUCUGUUGUUUUUAAAUGUAACCUCUGGCAUGAGUUGGAACGAUGUCGUUAUUACAGAGUUUGUAAUUUUUUUUUUCCUUUUUAACCUGACUGUAAUAAGGUAUCUAAGAUGUCAAGUGUGUGAUUGUGUGCAUACGCAACACGUCUUGGCUCGUUCAUAACCAGAGCUUGCAGACAGGUUGUUUUUUUUUUUUUUUUUUUUUUGAAAAUGUGUGAAGCAAGUCAGGGAGACCUGUCAGCUUGACGACUGUGUUCGCUGACUGUGGUAGAUUAGCAGGUGUGUUUUUAUCCUUUAAAAAAAAUUUACUUCUGGUGCACUGAAAUGUUGGUUCAGAUUUUCAUGGACAAAUGUUUGUGUGUUUGUGAUAGACUGGGCGCUCUUACCACUGUUCUGUUGGCCACCGUGUCUGGCGCUACCACACACAGCCACCCCUCGCCAUACUCAUACAACGGUCAUUUCAUGUCUUUUCCAACCUCCUCCAACUACUCUCAACAAUGUCAUUUUACAUAGCAACAUCAUGCAUCCGUUGAUUUAUAUAAUGUAAACUCAAUAGGAUGGGAUCAUUCUUUUUAAUGUACACCGUAUAUAAAUGUACAAUGUCUAUAUUUCUAUGGUGCCCUACAACAAUUUGUAUCAGAAAUGGUCAAUAAAGAGAAUUUUCUUUGUCA